AUGGUUCCAAAUCUGAACUAUGUACCUUUUUUUGCUACGCCCCCUACAAAUGCAGCGAUGAUGACAUCAACAGAGCCUGCAAUGGGUGAUGUCUCCAAUGCCCCCAAGCAGGAUGCCCCUCCACCACCGUCCGUCAUCCGGAUUAAAAUUUGGCCCGAUGUCAUGUUUGCACCGAACCCCAAUGCUUGCACACAGGAGAUAUCUGAGGUCAUUAGUCCAUGUAUGACCACUUGUGGCCGACCUACACACAGAUCCCGGCUGAUAUCAGAGAGCGCUGGUUUUAGAAGUGGGCGAGUGUAUGUGCGUGAUGUGAAAAAUGGUUAUAACAACUUGGAUAGGCUUAGUUUAAGUAUUUUGCUUAGUUGUAAAACUUUAUUCGGUGGUGAAUUAGAGAAGGACUCCUGGGAUGAAGAAGAGGAUAAACUACUAAUUGAAGCUCACAAGCAAGUUGGAAAUAAGUGGGCUGAAAUUGCAAGGAGGCUCCCCGGCCGCACUGAGAACACAAUUAAGAACCACUGGAACGCCGCUAAGCGAAAGAAGAGUAGCAAGAGACAACCCAGGAAGAAGAAGAACCAGACUUACUUUGGGGAAUCAUUGCUUGAGCGCUACGUCAAAGAGGUCACUGCAGCUGAUGCGGCAAAAAAGCAGCUAAAGAAAUCCAUGAAACAGUUGAAAAUAAAGAAUGAGGAUUACAACCUGCAGCAGAAUGCAUGCAUCACUGGGUAUGGUGGCAAUAUACCAGUGAAGUUCAGUUCUAAUGAAAUUGGGAAUGGUUCUGUUCUGAUUGAUGGCACAGAGAACUAUGUUCCAAUGGAGCUUGAUAUGAUUGGAAUUGAGGCCUACAUGAACUAG